GUGUGCAGGCAGGCCGAAGGGAAACAUGUGCUCGUGUUGAACCGUGGAUUACUUUAACAAGAGUUGCAAAACGAAGAUGGACGUGGACAGUUCUUUUUAGGGUGCAACAUGUACAGUCCUGGGGGGAGGAGAGGAAGGAGGGGACAUAGUGACGUAAGAAUCUUAAUAAGAAGCAUAAUGUCCGUCCUAUUUGGAAGAGUGGUCGAGCAGCAGCUGCUUCGGGGAGUGCGCACGCCACAGAAAACUGGCAUCGGAAGACACACCUGGUAGCCCUCCCUCAUUUCGGCACACAGUCUGGAGCAGAUUACAAGCUAUGAGGGUCCGACUGAGACCUGCGACACAGAGCAGUCUGAAAUAGUUCUCCUGAAAGACACAAUGGCAAUGGCGAGUGAGGAUCUGCUUGUGACACUCCAGAUCCUCCCCGGUUUCUUUUCAAACUGUCUCUUCCUGGCCCUGUACGACGCGGUGGUCCUCGUGAAGCGCGUUGUGUCGCUGCUCAGCUGUUCCAGGUCCGCGGGUUCCGGAGAGUGGCGGCGUAUGUUGACCUCAGCUGGGCUGCGCGCGAUCUGGAAUAGCUUCCUUCUCGACGCCUAUAAACAGGUGAAACUUGGCCUCGAGGCACCCAACUCCAAAGUGGUGAAGGUGCCUGACAGCCCUCGAUAUGUGCCACCUGGUGCCAUGAUCGCAAAUGAAGAUGAGUGCCACCUUCUGGAUUUUGAGUCAUCAGAUCGCCCUCUGGUGGUCAACUUUGGCUCAGCCACUUGACCCCCCUUUAUUAGCCAUCUGCCAGCUUUCCGGCAGUUGGUGGAGGACUUCAGUGAUGUAGCUGAUUUCCUGUUAGUGUACAUAGAUGAGGCUCACCCGUCUAAUGGCUGGGUGGCACCUUCUGUGGGCUCUUGCUCCUUUGAUGUUCCCAAACACCAGAACCUGGAAGAGAGGUUUGGAGCGGCACGCAAACUCAUUGAGCACUUUUCCCUACCACCACAGUGUCAGCUGGUGGCAGACUGCAUGGACAACAAUGCUAAUGUGGCUUAUGGUGUGUCCAAUGAACGUGUGUGUAUAGUAAAACAGAGAAAGAUUGCCUACCUGGGCGGUAAGGGGCCCUUUUUUUACAAUCUGAAGGAUGUGCAGCAGUGGCUGGAACAGAGCUAUGGUAAACGGUUAUCAAGGACACGUACAGAGAAGGACAGUUCCCAUAUUUCAAUUAGGAAAUAAUAGAUUGUUUUGUGUAAGCGUAAAUGUCAUGAUUAAAAGGUGUAUUAUUAUGAUAUCAUCUUCCAAAAAGCUGUAAUGAAUUAAGUUAAGUUGAGGAGCAAUCUUUUGAAAUCAGGACAAUUUUUCACACACCAGUCCAUUCAAACUGGGAUGAUCAUAUGUAAAGACCAACAUUAACUCAGUCCAUUGCAAGUCAUGAAAUGCAAUCUAUUGGUGUAAUUUGUUUCUUGUCGCCGAGGAUGAAAACAAUGUCAAUUAGGAUCAUAUUUCAUGCACAUGACAAAGUAACAGUCAGAGCUAGCUACAUCGUUUCCAUUAUCGCCAAAGACCACCUAUGGUGGGCUGGUGUGGAGGUGGAUGGGUCUAAAACACAGGUCUUUCAACCACAAGACCGUUGUUUAAUACCAGAUGUUCCAAAGUGUUGUCCUAAACUCCAAAACAUAAUGAAGUGGUUCUGUUGCCGAAACAUAACUUUUGUUUUGGAACGUAAUGUUGUCUUGAAAAAUAUUAGUUCCGAGCAGCAUGGAAAAAUAAUGUUGUGUCCCUCUACUUCAAACCAAUCGAUUGCAUUUUGUCACUAUUUCACGCACUGUUGUAACAAGGCAGCACAUUGAGAUGGAGGCAAUGGUGUAUGAAUUUCAUCUGUAUUUAUGCUCAUUUCUGCUGGUAAAAUCAUGCCUUAAGUGAUUUUCAUCGAAAAAGGAAAAAGUUUGCAAAUGUUUGUAAUUUUUUUUUGUGGACAUUUUAUUUUUCCCAUAAUCUUUUCACUGUGGCCAUAACUUAAUUGUAUGUGUAAUGUUAAUGUACUUUCUCUAUUGAUACAUGUUGUUUCAUACAGUACAUACUGUACUCCAUUUGACAGAUCACAUUUCUUUCCUUUUCUAUUCCAUUCAGUUUAUUUUAUCAUUUCCCAUGUCUUUAAAGCCUUGGAAGUGUUUGUUUACACUAUUGAAUCAAAGUAGAUAUAAUGUGGCUUUUAACACAACAGACACAAAGAAAAAACCUCAUGUAAAAAUCAAAUGGUUUCAAUGUGAUCUAAGUAGCAAUCAGACCCUUCAACAUGAGGCUGCCACCACCAUGCUUCAUGAUGCGAAUUGUAUUUUGAUGAUGAUGUGCAGUGUUUGGCUUACACCACCCAUGGUGUUUUUCUAAUGGACAAAAAGCUAUGCUUUGGUCUCAUCAGACCACAGAACAGGAAUCUCCCAUGACAGGUCCACUGUAGCCCAGAUGUAAUGUGAGCAGAUUUCUUUUUACCACUCUCAAGCUGCAUGGUGUAGGCAGGAUACUGAAAAGCCCCAUUAAAGCUACUCUGAUGGACUUUUGCCCAGGGUCUUGCAAUGGGCAGCCUGAAAGAAAUACCCAUAGACACUACUCAGGGCUGAAAAAACCCUACACCUUAUACCCCUGUGCAGGGAAGAUGGUUUGCAUUAACAACACAUGAAUAGUGCCAAAACAAUAUUGUCAGCAGGACAAUUGUAUCUGGCUUUAUAUCCCUAAGAUGACAAUGACAAUUUGGCAAUUAAUGUUGAUGCAUUUUGUGUACUCACUAGUCUCACAACAGGAGAAUUUCUACAAGGAUUUCAGGGUUUCCAAAAACAGACCUGGUCUGACAGUCACUUGGGGAUAAUUAGAUCUGAUCCAAAAGUGUGUUGGCAAGCCUUAAUAGAGAGAGAAUACCAGGCCUCUGCUGUUUUAUAAAAUAUAUUCAAUAUAAAUUUAUUCACAUUCAAAUGUGAUUUAUGUUAUGAAACUAAACAUUACAACUCAAGUUCAAUGCUUAGGAUUUUAAUAGCAUGAAACCAUUAAAUAUUACAAUUUUCUUCACGUCAGAGAAUGUUGAAAGUCAGUCGGUUUGAGUGGUUAAGAUGGGUAUAAUCAUUAUCAUCGCCAUCGUCAUGCUGAAAUGAUAACCCCAUCCGAAACACAGAUGGUUUGUUCUUGUCACAGUGACAAAGGUGUUUUAAUGAAAACCUUUGACGAAAGAGUCCCAGACUCGGUCUCUGGUUGGAUAGUGAACUGCACCUGGUCAACAUUACACAGAACUAUUGCAUCCGUUUUAAAUGUCAAUCAGUAACUGAUAUAGACAACUCUGUUUUACAUGUAAUUCACUGCACUUUCAUUACUGCUUAGGGAAAUGUUUAUUUUUCUAACGUGUCAAAGAAGAGAAUAAAUGAGAAUGUUUGCUGGUG